AGGAGUCGACAAGACGAAGGACAUUUGGAGAGAGAGAGAGAAAAUGGAUAGGGUAUUCUCAGUGGGUGAAAUUUCUGACCAGUACUGGUCGUCUCAACCCGCCGCCGAUCCUCCGCCGUCACGGCCGCUGCCGACGGCUGACGAAGGCUCCAAAAUGAACCGUAGCGCAUCGGAGUGGGCCUUCCAGUGCUUUCUUCAAGAAGCCUCUGAAACUUCCCCUCAUUCCUCUGCUGCAGACCAUGACGAAGUUAUCGAGAUCAAGGACCCUGCCCCUAAUCAAUUGCAGAAACUUAAUGCUAAUCGCGAUGGCGCUAGUAAUUGUAAUAGCAGCAGCAUUUCUACCAAUGCUGGGCCACCGAAUAUUCCGAUCGAUUCCGAGGAAUAUCAGGCCUUCCUUAAGAGUAAGCUUCAUUUGGCUUGUGCUGCCGUCGCCAUGAAGAGGGGAUCCUUUACAAUGGCUCCGACUUCGUCCACCUCAGCUGACUGUGGAUCACAAGCAUCUAAUACGUUCGGUGUUCAAGCUCCUAAAGCUUCUAAUAUUGGAGCUGGGAAUAAUUCAUUAAGGUCACCAGAUAAGGAUAUAAAUAGAGUCCUUGGAGUUGCAUCCUCACCUGUGGUGCCAAAAAUAACUGAGGUUCAGGCUGGGCCAGUUACUAGUGGAUCAUCAAGAGACGUGUCGGACGAUGAGGAUGUCGAGGGAGAAACCGAAACAACCGAGAGUAAGGACCCUGCCGAUGUAAAACGUGUAAGGAGAAUGCUUUCAAACAGAGAAUCAGCUCGACGUUCACGAAGAAGAAAGCAAGCACAUUUAACUGAACUCGAGACGCAGGGUGCCCAAUUAAGAGUUGAAAAUUCGACCUUGUUGAAGCGCCUCGCCGAUAUAAGCCAAAAGUACAACGAAGCCAACGUUGAUAACCGAGUUCUAAAAGCUAAUAUUGAGACAUUAAGAGCAAAGGUAAAGAUGGCCGAGGAGACUGUCAAGCGAGUUACUGGUAACCCAAUGUUCCAUGUCAUGUCUGAUAUCACCUCCAUUGGCAUCUCCUCAUUUGACGGUAGCCCGUCCGAUACAUCGACCGAUGCUGCUGUUCCUUUGCAAGAUGAUCCAUGUCAUCAUCUAUAUCAGUCUACAUCUAAUAACCCUGUCGGACCACACGACGUAGUUGUCAACAAUGGAUUGGUUGACAUGUCACAUGUAGGCACUGGACAGAAGAAUUCUCCGUCUCCUGUACCGACAGCCAUAUCGGGGAACAAGACGGGAAGAUCGGAGUCUUUGCGGAGAGUGGCUAGCUUGGAGCAUCUGCAAAAGCGAAUCUGUGGAGGCAAAGCAAAUGCAGAGAAGUAGAUGCAGCAGGCAAGAUUUGGAGAUGGCCCUUGCAUUUGUGAAUGAUUUGUUUUUUUUACCUCAUGAGGUGAAAAAGAGCUUUAGUUGUGGAGAUUGAUGCAAAGGAUCAUUGAUCAUUGAUGCUGUUAAUUUUGUGGUCUCCUCCCAUUUACCAUGUAAUAAUUCUAAAUGAAACAGGGUGAUUGUCUGAAUGCUCUCUUGUUCUCGUGUAUUCUAAAAAUGCCUCUUUUGUUAGCAAUGGACAAAUUCGGAUCUUGUGUUU